UCCAUCUAACUAAAACCCUAGCGGAGUUUCGGGCUUGUCCGCUUGUCGCCUUGUGGCGGCCGGCGCGCGGCAGGCAGCAACUUCGCCUGCCCUAGAUCGAGCAGUGCAUCACCAGAAAGCAGUAGGGUUAGGGCAGCGGCACGGUGCUUCGCAAGUGCGGCUCUGCGGUUUGAGGAGGCCAGCAGCGCGUGCCCUGCUUGCCUGAUCCAUCACUUCCAUUCUUUACCAGUUCACUUCACGCACGGGCAUCAACAAAGGCACCGAUCGAGGGCCGGGGCAUGUCAUUCUGUGGAGUAUCCUUCGUUGGGGACAGCUGUCUGCCGCCCUCUACCUCUUCCACACCCCUCCUUGUCGGCGGGUUCCACCUGCUCGUGGUCAAUGGCUACUCGCGCACAAAGCAGGACACCCCCAACGGCAAGUGCAUACGCUCAAACUACUUCAAGCUCGGAGGCCAUCGCUGGAUCAUCGAGUACUACCCUAAUGGCUAUGAACAAGAGAACACCGACUACAUAUCCUUUUAUCUCGUUCUCGACGAGCACAACAUCGUCGAGCCUGUCGCGGCGCAGUAUGUGUUUAGCUUCAUUGGUCAGGUUCAGUCGCCAGAGUCAUCGCUGCUCGUCGGAGAAAGGGGAGCGCACUUUUUCUCCAGCACGGACGCCUAUAGUUUGGCCUGUGUGAUGAAGAGACAGAGCUUCGAGAAAUCCAAGCAUCUCAGGAACGACAGUUUCACUAUCAGGUGUGACCUCUCCAUGACUAAGAAUGUCAACAUCGGGGAAGCAGGCGCCGCCGUGUGGUUUGUUAACGUGCCUCCUCCUGACAUUCAGCAUCACCUCGGCAAUCUCCUCCUGUCACAGGAGGGCACCGACGUGACAUUUCAGGUCGGCGACGACAAGUUCAUGGCGCACCGGUGCGUGUUUGCGGCCCGCUCUGCUGUCUUCAAGGCCGAGCUCUUCGGCGCCAUGAAGGAGGGGGCAACAGACACCGUCGUGCACAUCGACGACAUGGACGCCAAGGUAUUCAGGCAGUUGCUCGGGUUCAUGUACACCGAUUUCGUGCCGGACUUUGAAGAGGAUGAGGAGGAAGAGUAUAUGUGGCAGGACCUGCUUGUGGCAGCGGAUAGAUAUGACGUCCCGAGGCUCCGACUGAUCUGUGAACGCAUGCUGUGCCCAUACAUCAACACGGAUACCGUGGCAACUAUGCUUGAGCUCGCUGACAAGCAUCACUGCAAUGGACUGAAGGAUGCAUGCUUGGAUUUCCUCAACUCCCCGGCAAAUCUGCAGGAAGUAACGGCGGCUGGUGGCCUCAAUGAUCUGACUAUCAGCUGUCCUGCUGUCCUUAUAGAGCUUAUCGCCAAGCUUACGUCGUCGCUUAAGCUUGAUAAAUGAUUAUAUACUGAUAGGUAUUAUUUGGUUUAUGAAAAAAAAA